AUGGUGGACCGGCUACAGGAGAGGGAGAACAGGAAACAGGAAGUGACCUCACAGACACAGAAUGAUGUCACCACCACCUCGCACAACACUGACACGUCCCGCUCUCCUUGGCAGGCCUCUCUCGCCCCUCUUCCAGACCCUUCCCGCUCUCCUUGGCAGGCCUCUCUCGCCCCUCUUCCAGACCCGUCCCGCGCUCCUUGGCAGGCCUCUCUCGCCCCUCUUCCAGACCCGUCCCCCUCUCCGUGGCAAGAACAACUCCUCCCUCUAGUUGUGACUCUGAAGGAGUGUGUGUGUGACGCGGUGGAGAGGGCCCGCUGUGCUAUGACCUUCGUCCUCCUACAGGGGGCAGCAGCAUCAGCCUGCCACGGCCAGGCCCUGACACACAGACGAGACGCUGUCUUCAGCCAGGCAAGGGAGGGCUGUAGGAUGGAGAACGUUGAGAAGAACAUCAGAAGCAGGAAGUAUGCUUUCAACAGCAUCCAGCUGAAGGCCUUCCCCAAACCCUACCGCCCUCCGGAGGGCACCUACGGGAAAGCAGACACUUAGGAGGAGGACGAGAGAGAAGGGUGGAAUGAAUGAGGGAUGAAUGAAGAACGGAUGGAUGGAGAACUAUAGAGGGAUAGAAGGAUGAAGAGACUGGAAAAUAGACACUUAGGAUAACAUGGAGGGAAGUGUUGUGUUUUUUUUUUUUUAAAUGACUGUCUUCCAAUAAUGUAUGUUUGAUUCUGUAAAUAUUGAGUUUGACAAAAUAAUGAAAACAUUUUUAAAAGCUCAAGUGUUUUCCACACGUUUUCCCACAACAUGAAGUAAUUUUGAUAGUAGCCUCUACUAUCUCUAGUUGGGAUGCGAGGAAGUCCAUAUUAUGGUGCAACAACACGUCAGACCACUAGAUGGCGCUACUCGUGUAGCGCAGCCAUACCGGCUGAAACUCUGUCUCCUUCCAGCAGGUGGCGUUUUCUCAUUGUCUCAAUGAGAGUGGAAUAUUGUCAAACAAAACAUUGAAUGGCUUAUUUGUCAAGUGAUGUUUAAUUUGAUCGAAUAUAAGUUUCGUAAUGCUUAAGUUGUUAUGAAAUGUACUGAUUAUAAGUAGGACACGUGACAUCCCGGCAACUUUGAGGGGGAAAAAAACACUUUUAUAACGGAGUUGUUUUGAAAUGGCUAUGCAUAUUCAUGACAUGAGGCUACUAGUAUAGCAUCUCUCUGGAAAGAUGAGAUUCUCACGAUUAUCACUCUCUCCAUUUUUUCUUGACCUCACAAAUAUCACGGGACUCGUCUGAAGGUAACCUGGUACCAGGCUGGAAAAAUGAAUGGAAAUUAAUGGGGCAGAGGAUAUCUACAGUGCAUUCGGAAAGAAUUCAGACCCCUUCACUUUUCCCACAUUUUGUUACGUUACAGACUUAUUCU